AUGAACAACCCUAUUUCAGUGAAAAACCACUCUCUGCUCCGGCCUGGCGAAGCAGGUGCUGGGGAGCAUGCAGGCGCCGGCGUGGGCAUCGGCAUUCGGCAAGCGGACCACGAGGGGGCUGGGGCGUGCGGGGGGCUGGGCUCUGGUGCCUGCUGGGGUCUCGGCCAGAACGCCCCAGGAAGCUCCGGGAGGCCCACGGCCCCGGAGGAGCACAGUUCCAUGUGGGCCUCGCUGAGCAGCCUGGGGGCCGAGGUCGUGGAGCCGGACUUCUCCAGCAUCGAGCGGCUCUUCUGCUUCCCCGAGGCCAAGCCCAAGGAGCAAGUGGCAGCCCCGGCCAGGAAGGAGCCCAAGGAGAUUACUUUCCUGGACUCCAAGAAGAGCCUGAACCUCAACAUCUUCCUGAAGCAGUUUCGAUGCUCCAAUGAGGACGUCACUGCGAUGAUCCGGGCUGGGGACACCACGAAAUUUGACGUGGAGGUCCUCAAGCAACUCCUCAAGCUCCUCCCUGAGAAGCACGAGGUUGAAAACCUGCGCGCAUUCUCGGAGGAUCGGACCAAGCUGGCCAACGCCGACCAGUUCUACCUCCUCCUGCUGGGCAUUCCCUGCUACCAGCUGCGGGUGGAGUGCAUGUUGCUGUGUGAGGGCACGGCCGUCGUGCUGGACGUGGUGCAGCCCAAGGCCCAGCUGGUGCUGGCCGCCUGCGACAGCCUGCUCACCAGCCACCAGCUGCCUGUCUUCUGCCAGCUGAUCCUGAAGAUAGGAAACUUCCUCAACUAUGGCAGCCACACGGGGGACGCCGACGGCUUCAAGAUCAGCACGCUGCUGAAGCUCACGGAGACCAAGUCCCAGCAGAGCCGCGUGACGCUGCUGCACCACGUGCUGGAGGAGGUGGAGAAAAACCACCCGGACCUCCUGCAGCUUCCGAGGGACCUGGAGCAGCCCUCCCAGGCAGCGGGGAUCAACCUUGAGCUCAUCCGCUCGGAGUCCAGCACCAACCUGAAGAAGCUUCUGGAAAUGGAGAGGAAGGUGUCCUCCUGCAUCCCUGAGGUGCAGGAGCAGUACGCCCAGCGCCUCCAGGCCAGCAUCGAGGCCUCCCGGGCGCUGGACGAGGUGUUCCAGGCCAUCGAGCAGAAGAAGCUGCAGCUGGCCAGCUACCUGUGUGAGGACGCUCAGCAGCUCUCCCUGGAAGACACGUUCAGCACCAUGAAGACCUUCCGGAACCUCUUCCUCCGCGCCCUGAAGGACAACAAGGACCGGAAGGAGCAGGCGGCGAAGGCGGAGAGGAGGAAGCAGCAGCUGGCCGAGGAGGAAGCGUGCAGGCCACGGGGCGAGGAUGGGAAGCCCGUCAGGAGGGGAGUCGGGAAGCAAGAGGACGUGUGUGUCAUCGAUGCCCUGCUGGCCGACAUCAGGAAGGGUUUCCAGCUGCGCAAGACGGCCCGUGGCCGAGGGGAUGCGGAGGGGGGCAGCAAGGCGGCUGCCGGAGACCCCCUGAGGGACAAGGUGCCUGUGGCCACCAGAGACCCUGCAGGAGACACCAGCCACCCCGCCUCUGAACCCCACGGCAGGGACCGCGUGGAUGCCACGGCCCCCGGCCCGCAGCCCACUGCUGACCCAUCGGAGGAGGAGGGGCCCGGGCCCCUGGGGAGGCGUUCUUCCUGGUACACCGACGCCAGCGAUUUCCUGGCCGCAGAGGACCCCCAGGCCCCCCAGCCCUCUGCGGGGGCCUGGCCGGUGGUGCUGGGAGGGGCUCAGGCCCUAAAGCCUCUCAGGGUCUCUGGUGACAAGCCCCCUGGGGCCACGGGGUCAAGCCAAGAUGCUGAAGACCCCGCAGGCCCUCGGGACGCCUGCCUGGCCGAGGCCGACAGCACCGUCCACAGGCCGGAGGCUACAGGCCCGCGUGGCCACGGUGCCACAGGCCCCGGCAUGGCUGGGGACGGGGACCAGGAGGACACAGCCCCGGAUUCUGCACUGGACACGUCCUUGGACAGGUCCUUCUCAGAGGACGCAGCGAUGGAUUCCUCAGGGUCCGGCACCCUCCCCAGGACCCGGGAGCGAGCCUCGAAGGGGACGGGCAAGCGAAGGAAGAAGCGCCCCUCAAGGAACCAGGAAGAGGUUGUCCCUGACUCUGACGAUAAUAAAACAAAAAGACUCUGUGUGAUUCAGUGA